AUGGCCAAUCCCUUCCUGAUGGACGACGACCUGGAUGGCGGCGACAUGGCCGCCAAUCCGUUUCUCAUGCAAUCUGAGCCGGAAACCGGAGCGGACAAUCCCUUUGCAGCAGCUUCUGCUGCCUCGAACCCCUUUGCCUUCGGGGGCGACGACCUGGAGGCGGAGGCGGAACCGGAACCAGAACCGGAGGCGGAGGCGGGCCACGACAACGACCUCGAUCCGGCGAUGAGCUUCUUCGGCACCACCAUCGAGGCGGAGGACGACGCCCUGAGCCUCAAGUCGGCGGCCGAGGAGGAGGACGAGGGCGGCAAGAAGCCGCCACACGCACACCCGCCACCGCCACGCCCCCAGGCGCCGCCGCAGAGCACCCAGGAUCUGAUCAGCACGGUGUCCAGCCAGCUGGAGGAGACCAGCUCGGAGCUGCUCGGCCGCAUCCCCGCCACCCGGUCCCCCAGUCCCGUCUCCAUGCGGGACCUGCACUCGCCGAGUCCCACUCCCGACUCCGGGCUGGCCGACCUGCUGGACGUCUCGGUGGACAGCGGUUCCAGCGGCGCCCACACCCAGGGCAUCGAGGUGGACCUCAUCGGGGGCGUCGCUUCCGCCGGCAGCGCACCGCUCGAAAAUCCCUUCCCGACGGCGGUGCCCAACAUACAGGCGGCCGCACCGCUUCCGGCCACGCCGGUCAAGCAGCCGCCGCGCCCACCACCGCCACGCCCCGCUCCGCCGCGUCCCACGCCACCAGCCCACGUGGCUCCCCAGAGGCCCCCGCCUCCGGUGGCCGCAGCUCCACCUCCGGCCGCCGAGGCGGACGACCUGCUGGACAUGUUCGGCACCACGGCCGGGAAGCCGCCGAAGCCGCCGCCACCCAAGUCCAAGGAGGACAUCCUCAGUCUCUUCGAGCAGCCGCCAGCACCGCCAGCACCCAAGCCAGAUCUCCUGCUCGACGACCUCCCGGAGACGAAGCCGGAGGCCGUUCAGCCUGAGAAGGAGCGCGAGAGGGAGGAGGGCGAGGAGGAGGUGAAGGAGGAGCCGGUGUUCACCUCGCUGCUCAUCCGGCCGGACGAGAGCACCCACGACAUCACCUCCCAGCCGCAGGCGGCCACCGGACUGGAGCGGCAGGCGAACCACAUGGCGGCGCCCGCGGAGGCGGCCAACAGACAGCGGGCACCGACGCCGGACAUCGAGAUCACCACGGUGGAGGACCUGCCGCGCUCCGAUGACGAGGACGAGCCGGAGGCUAAGCAACCGGAGCCGGAACCCGAACCGGAACCGGAAGUGAAGGUCGAGCCACUGGGGGAACCGGAAGCGGAGCCGGAGCUGAUAUCCGAUCACAGUCCGCCGACGGAGUCGCUGGUGACCACACAGGCGGCCUUCGGGGAGGAGGAGGAGCCGCCGGCCAGCGAACCGGAGCCGGAGCAAAUGGACACCGGGCUGGACUUCCCGCUGGCCACCAGUGGCCUCGCCAGCGGCCAGCUGUCCGCCAAUCCCUUCGCCAGUCCCGAGGAGGAGGAGGAGCCGGGCUUCGCGCCCGUGCCCGUGCCCGCGGUGGUGGGCAACAUCUUCGCCGUGGACGAACCUCCCGAGCCGGAGGUGGAGCCCCCGCCACCCGAGGUGGCGCCCAGCUACGCGGCCAACAUCUUUGCCGCCGAGCCGGACGAGUUCGACGCCUUCUCGGCCAAGUUCGACUCGGUGAAGAAGGACAACAUCAGCAUCCUCGACGGGUUCGGGGGAUCGGGAGCCAUUACGCCCACGGGAGGAGAUGCCUGGGGUGACAGCGCCUUCGGAUCGGCCACGAUCUCGGCCAACGCCUUCGGGGACACGAACUCGGCGGACGACGGGUUCGGGAACGAGGACGACGACUUCUAUGCGAUGAAGGCGCCCGCACGCGCGGAGUCCGUGGAGUCGGUGGACAAGGAGUUCAGCGUGGUCAUCCGCCCGAAGGCGGAGGGCACUGGAGGAGUGGCGCCCCAGCUGGCACCGCCGCCUCCGCCGGCGAGGAGUGGCAACCAGGCGCAGACCGCUUCGCCGCCCGGCGCGACGGUCAAUCCGUUCGAGGACGUCAGCGGGUUCCCGGCGCCGGGUCCGCCGGCGGCCGACGGGGCCACCAUGAAGCGCACGGACUCGCAGGACACGCCACAGACGCCGCUCUACGACGAGGACGUCUCGCAGCCGCUGGAGGAGUUCCCGCGCCUCCACUACGUGGGACCCGGAUGGGAGAUGCAGCUGCGGCAGCCGAACAAGAAGAAGAUCACCGGACAGCGGUUCUGGAAGAAGAUCUUCGUGCGGCUGGUGGUGCAGAACGAUGUGCCGGUGGUGCAGCUGCUGAACCAGGCGGGCGACAAGCAGCCCUUCCAGGAGCUGCCGCUGCAGCCCUCGUACUCCGUGUCGGAGGUGGGCGCCCAGCAGUACGACCAGUUCGGCAAGAUCUUCACGAUGAAGCUGCAGUACAUAUUCUACAAGGAGCGACCCGGCGUGAGGCCCGGCCAGGUGACCAAGGCGGAGCGGAUCACCAACAAGCUGACCAAGUUCGCACAAUACGCCAUCGCCGGCGACUACGAGGGCGUCAAGGAGUUUGGCAGCGACCUCAAGAAGCUCGGCCUGCCCGUCGAGCAUGCGCCGCAGUCGUCGCAGCUCUUCAAGAUCGGCUCGAUGAACUACGAGGACAUGAAGCAGUUCUCCGUCUGCAUCGAGGAGGCGCUCUUCAAGCUGCCAGCUUUGCGCGAACGCGCCCUCACCUACAAGAUGGAGGAGGUGCAGGUGACCGCCGUGGAUGAGAUCACUGUGGAGCAGGACUUCGAGGGCAAGAUCCUCAAGCAGAUCGCCCGGGUGCGACUCUUCUUCCUCGCCUUCCUCACCGGCAUGCCCACCAUCGAGCUGGGCGUGAACGACAUGUGGCGGCAGGGGAAGGAGGUCGUCGGCCGGCACGACAUCAUCCCGGUGGCCACCGAGGAGUGGAUCCGGCUGGAGGCCGUCGAGUUCCACAGCGUGGUCAACCAGCAGGAGUACGAGAGAACGCGCACCAUCAAAUUCCAACCGCCCGACGCCAACUAUAUUGAACUGCUGCGCUUCCGUGUGCGUCCGCCCAAGAAUCGCGAACUUCCGCUGCAGCUGAAGGCCACCUGGUGCGUCACCGGCAACAAGGUGGAGCUGCGGGCCGACAUCCUGGUGCCGGGCUUCACCUCCCGCAAGCUGGGCCAGAUCCCCUGCGAGGACGUCUCGGUGCGCUUCCCCAUCCCCGAGUGCUGGAUCUACCUGUUUCGCGUGGAGAAGCACUUCAGAUAUGGUUCGGUCAAGUCCGCUCAUCGGCGAACGGGAAAGAUCAAGGGUAUCGAGCGGAUCCUGGGCGCCGUGGACACGCUGCAGGAGUCUCUGAUCGAGGUGACAUCCGGACAGGCCAAGUACGAGCACCAUCAUCGGGCCAUCGUGUGGCGAUGUCCCCGCCUGCCCAAGGAGGGUCAAGGUGCCUACACCACUCAUCAGCUCGUCUGCCGCAUGGCCCUCACUUCCUACGACCAGAUACCCAGCGAAUUGGCGCCAUACGCGUUUGUGGAGUUCACUAUGCCCGCCACGCAGGUCUCGCAUACCACCGUGCGCUCCGUGAGUGUCCAGGACUCGGAUGCCGACGAGCCGCCGGAGAAGUACGUCCGCUACUUGGCACGGCACGAGUACAAGGUUGGCAUCGAGACCACGCACGGCGAGUCCACGAACGCGUAUUUGGCGGCAACACGUCCCAUUCGCGAGGAGCCGGCCAGCACGGCCGCCAAGCCGACGGCCUCCCCGGUGCCACCGAGUGACUCGGACACGGACUCCAACUAAGCUGGCACCCCGGGAAACGGGAUUAGCUGGAUUGAAAUGAGAGGCAGCGCAGCCAGGCGGCCUUCUGUAGAUACUCCCCGUGCAUGGUUUUCGCAAUCGUUCUUGUUGUAUACAUAUUAUAUAAUCUAUAUAAAUAUUUCCGAGGCGUCUGCCGCAAUUUUCCCCUCUAGCAAGUGCAGCGUGUUCAUCGCUUCGGGUUAGGUAAAGAUUAGUUGACAAUAAUGUUAGGUGCAGCAGCUGGAGAGUGCGAAGAUUACGAAGCAGACGAUGAAUUGAUGAACACUGUGUAAAAAGCCAAAUGAAUGAAGACCGAGAUGAAGCUGAUGGAUCUGCGGACACGUCAACUGAGGAACCGAUAGCGUCUUAGGUAUCCGUAUCCGUAUCAGUAUCCCAUAUCCUGUUAACCGCUUAGCCACAACCAUAAUCACUUGACCUAGCCUAGCCUAGCCGAGGAAACCAACUAAUCUGCGUUACAUGUAGCCAUACGAACACGUUCAAUCGAUAUCAGACCAGAAUCGUAUGUAAAGUCAAACCAUACAAAUGCAUUAAGAUAAAGGUUAUAAUCGCAACACACGAACAUAUACUAUAUAUAUAUACGAUAACUGAUGUAAUCUGAAGUAAGCAUAAGCCAGGGAAAUGAAAAGCAAUUUCGUCGUAAUUGUUCUUAAAAGGCUCAAGUGCGAAUAAGGUUAAUCAACACUGAAACGAGCUGCCAGCCUUAUAUUUACUUAGUCAGCACUGGGUGGAGCUGCCAGCUUUGCGUAAAUGACCAACGGUAAGGUACUGGCACAAGCUGCCAGCUUCUUGAGCUUCGGAUGAGCUGCCAACUUCACAAGAACGAGCUGUCAGCUUUACAUACAGUUAACCAACACCGGUCAGACUACAUAUGUGGGAAGUGGAACUUAAAACUAUCCAUAGCCAUCAGAUAAACAAACUUUUAGCUUUAUGUAUACCAUUGAUUUAACUAUAAAUUUAGAGAUGAAUUCAAAACUCCAAGCAAAAGCGACAUGGUAAACGAAAAUGCAUAUUCAAAUGUUAUUGUUGUGAAUCAAAUAAAAUUAUAUUCAAACUAUACUAAAAAGUAAAGGAAAACCAUAUAGGCAAAUCAUCUUUGUUAAAGCAAAAAGUAUAAAGUUAAAGUAAACGAGGAAACCAAAAGCAAACCUAACGUAAAUCUAAACGAAGUUAUUCAUAACUAUACUCGUAUGCCAUACGUAUUGAUUGAUAACUGAUUCAUUGAUUGAUUGAGUUUACUAGCAAGAUUGAAUAAUAAUAGAUUUGUUAAUUACGUGUUAAAUGAAAAUAUAUUCUAUGAUCCCGGCUUAACCACACGAUGUUUGCCUCUGUUCUACUCUAUUUCCUACCCACUCAAUAUCACUCCAAACUCAUUUCUCAUGCCAGACAACAGAUGUACUACGGACACUUAGAAGGACUCUAAAUAGAAUCACGAUUUAUUACUAAUAGAGAAUGUGAAUAUUGUACCUCUAAGAAAUUAAUCCUCAUUCAUGUAUUUUAUAUGUUACAUUAUUUACCUACGAUUAAUUCUGCAUAUAUUAUAUAUCGUCUAUAGCAUAUGUAUUGUAUGUACAAUAAAAAAAGGAACCCCAUGCAAACAAAGACCGAUCGGUUGACAAACACUCUCACAUGUUAUAUUUAUGUAUUAAUUAUACAAAAACCCGACGGCACCGCUGCAAUAUAUAUCCUCGAUCCGUGUCGGAUCGUGAGGGCAUAUACUGCAACGGGACUGGUCGCCAUUAUACAAAUAUGCGGCGCAAGCUAAUGGUAUUAACCGAUAAACUAAAUACAAUAUGAUGAAUUAUUAUGAAACGAGCAAAAAACGCAUUAUGAUGGAAAAUUAUCUAGUCAAAUGAGAAAAUAAAUAUUGCGACAACAAAUAUAAAGUAAUGCAAAUUGA